AUGCAGAAGUAUCUCAGUAAAGUAAGGAGCAUGACAGCUGGAUUGCAGAGCUUUGAGAUCAAAUUAGUGCCAAGAACAGAAAACAUGGCAGCUGACGCCCUGUCAAAGCUAGCUAGCUCGAGCGUUAGUGACAAAAAGCGAAGUGUCAUGGUGGAAAUUGUGAGGGAACGAAGCAUAGAUACUCCAGCACUAGACGUCAACACCAUAGACCAGAGCCCGGAAUGGUAUGACGUCAUUGUAGCCUAUAAGCUGAUAGGUACCCUCCCGGAGGAACAGAUCGCGGCCAAAAAACUGAAGAGGGACUCGUCUUGGUAUUGCAUAUUUCAAGGCCAAUUGUACAAGAAAGGGUUCUCACUCCCACUACUAAGGUGUGUAACGGCCCAUGAGGCCACGAAGAUAAUAGAGGAGAUUCAUGAAGGAAUCUGCGGGAAUCAUAUCGGUGGAAUAAUGCUGGCACUAAAAGCAUUAAGAGCAGGCUUCUACUGGCCAAGUAUGUUGGCAGACGCCCAGUGGGGGAUGGCUAUAAUAGGACCUUUCACACCGGCAUCUGAAGGAAGGAAGUUCCUAAUUGUGGGUAUUGACUACUUCACGAAAUGGAUUGAGGCAAAACCAACUGCGAAGAUAACGGCCAAACAGAGCAACGGACAAGCAGAAGCUGCUAACAAGCAGAUCCUCCAUGCACUAAAAAAGAGGCUGGAUGAGCUAAAGGGAGCAUGGGCCGACAUGGUUCCAGCCGUGCUAUGGUCCAAUAGGACCACGGAAAAGGAAGCCACCGGCGAAACUCCGUUCCGGCUAGCUUUCGGAGCAGAAGCAGUGCUGCCGGUAGAAGUGGGACUGCCUAAUUGGCGAAUCUUAAACUACGAACCAGAUCUGAAUGGACAGCUACACAAAGAAGACCUAGAUCUUCUCCCAGAAGUCAGGCUGGUAGCAGAACUAAAGUCUGCAGCAUACAAGGACAGGAUAAGCAAGGCCUACAAGCGUGUGCGAAGUCGGCCUAUUUCAAAAGGAGACUUCGUACUUAGACGAACAACAGCAACUGGGAAGGCGCAUGUGGACGGUAAACUCACCGCUAAUUGGGAGGGUCCAUACUUGGUCAAGGAAGAAAUCGUGCCCGGAUCUUACUGGUUGGAAGACAUGUCGGGUAAGCUGCUGAAAAAUAGCUGGAACGCUAGUGUCCUCAAAAGAUACUAUGUGUAG